AUGAACGUAGAAGAAAAAAUAGAAAAUGCUAAAUUAAUUACAAAUAACAAUAAAACUUCAUUGUUUAGCAAUUUAAGUAAAUUUAAAAACAAAUUUAUUACUGUUGCUUUUUCAAACGGCGAAAGAUUAUCUGGAGUACUAAUUUCAUACGAUGAUGCAUCGAACCUUAUUUUAGAAAAAAAAAUGGCGGGAGCAUGUAAAGAAUGUGUUUUUUGUUUGGGAAGAAGUUUAUCUUUUAUAUCGCUAGGUAAACCAAAUAUUUUGUAA